CAUCGCCAUAUGAUGGCUGAUUUUGUCGACGAUGCCGUGCAGAAGCUUCUCCAGCAGGCCGAGGAGCGCCUCAGCGGCGGCCGCAUAGUCGCGAAGAAGCAGCAGCAAGCGUCGACAGAUUCCAAGACGGCGGCGGCGGCGGCUUCGACGACGACUGCCCGGGCAGCAGUGGUGGGAGAGGCUGUCGACGCCUCGUUGUUGCCUCCUAAGCAGGAGAAGACGGAAGUCCGCGUGCCGCGACCUCAGGGAGCAGCAGCACAGCGGAAGGGUAAGGACACAGCAGGCGCCGAGUGGUUUGACCUCCCCAAAACCGACAUGACGCCAGAGUUCAAGCGAGAAUGGCAGCUGUUGCGUAUGCGAAACGUUCUAGACCCCAAGCACCAGAAAAAGGCCCUGCGGGCGUCCGCCCCCCAGUUCUCCCACGUCGGCAGAGUCGUGGCGAGCCCGUUCGAGCCGCGCAGCGCAAGGCUCGGGAGCCGAGAGAAGAAGAAGUCGUUGCUCGAGAGCAUCAUGUCCGUACACAACGACUCAAAGCUCGACUCCAAAUACUCCUCCGUCCAGGAGAAGAAGAAAUCAGGGAAAAAGGCAUACUACAAAUCCGUGGUUGCCAAACGACGACGAAGAAACUGA